AUGUUAAGAUAAAAAUCAAUAAAAUGCUUGAUUCGCAAUCAGUAUUUAUUUUAAAAAACCCAACAUUAAAUUAGUACUACUGCAGCUGUAAUUGCUUUAAUUUAUGGCUCAGCUUCAUAGUUCUUAUUAAGAAAUCCUCAUUACAUACACAAAAAAAUAGAUCUUAAAAAUAAUUAUCUAAAUUAAAUUAUCGAAAAUUCAUCUACAGCGAUAGUCGCCCAUAGAGGAGGUGCUCAUGAAGCUCCUGAAAAUACUAUUUAAGCUUUUUAACAUGCCUUAGAUAAUCAAUCUAAGAUAUUAGAAAUGGAUUUAUGUUUGACAAAAGAUUAACAAGUAGUAGUUUCUCAUGACAAACAUAUUGAAAGGGUGACUGGAAACAAAAAAUAUUUAAAUGAACUAAAUUACAAUGAAAUAAAUAAUUAUCUACCAAAAGUAGAGCUAGAGUUCAGUGAAAGUAAAGAGUAUUUAUAAAUAAAAAAUAAUUAAGAUUAUUUCAUUCCUAAAUUUGAGGAAAUAUUGAAGAAAUUCCCAGAUUCCAUUCUUCUUGUUGAUUUAAAAGAGCCAAAUUAAGUAUUAAUUUCUAAAACUAUUGAGCUUAUUGAGAAAUACUAAGCACAAAAUUAAAUUAUAUUAGGAACUUAAUUUAUAGAUGAUUGGUAAAAAAUAAAUUUUUAAAAUAUGUUUUCUUCACAAAACCAUCUAAUUAAAAUACAUUUGCUGCAUUUAACAGGGUUGCUUCCUUUUUUUAAACUUGAUAUUUGUUGCUUGGCUACUCCUCUUUAUACAAAAGCAUACUAUCAAUGGGAAAUGGAGUUAAGUGAAGGCAAAUUUACUAGAAAAAUGCUAAUGAAGUUACAGUUUUUUAUGAUUAAGAUAUUUAAUUUGUUCAACUAUUCCUUAUUUUAGCAUUUAAGAAAAAGAGGGAUUCUAUCCUUUUAUUGGGUAGCCAACAAAUAAGAAGAGAUUCUCAGAGCGUUAAAAGAUAAACCAAGUGGCAUUAUUACUGAUUAUCCAAUGCUAAUGAAAGAAAUUAUUAAAUCUUAAAAAGAAUAAAAUGAUUGA